AUGGAAGGUGUUCAGACUGUGGACGUGAGCUGGCUUCAUCAUUCACAAAAAGACCAUUUAUCUCGCACAAAGUCAGUAUCAGCGAACGACAAACCUGGCGCCGAGUCAGAACCACCGACGUCUUCUCAAUCUAAGUCGCACCGGCGAUCUCGUUCCAGCAGCAAUCCGGCACGCCCAACACCGGCCCCUUCCACAGAAACGAAGCAAGCUCCCAAGAAUGACGCAGUGCCAGUACAAGCAAAACCAACGCCAGUUGAGAAGAUCGAGGAGCAAAAGCCGUCUACGCCAUCCCCCAAACCCAUCGGCCGACGAAACUCGUGGAUCUCCAGUUUAAGCUCGAAGUUUUCCUCUGGAUCUACCCCGCCGUCGCAAUCAAGCCUCAAGGCCAGUCCUGCGAGUCCGAAAACAACCUCGCCCCUUGAGACGCAUAACCCAUUCGGUGCCGCCUAUUCCCCGAAAGACAAGGAGGAAGAGAGGAAAGACGAUUCCAAUCCCUUUACUUCAUCAUCGCCCAAGGGGCCUUCUUUCAUUCACAAUGCACUACGCAAAUUCUCGUCUAACUCGGGUGGGUUACCCAAAUUAAAUCCCAAUGGUUCGAUCUGCCCGCGUCGCGUGAUGAACAUCGAUCAAAAUCGGCACAGAUGCAAGGUUGCGGAUUUGAACCAGGCCAAACUCAACCGUGUUGCGUUCUGCGUGGAUGUUGAAAUUGCGGGUAUCUCCCAUCGGGAUGAUGACGAGGAAGCCCCUCCAACGAAUCAACUACGGCAGCAUCUACCCGAGUCUAAUAGCCAUAAGUCUAAGAAGGCCGAUCUUAAAUUGAAGGAGCAAGAUGAAGCUGGAGCCUUGAAGCACCCCCAGACUACGUUAGCUGAGAAGGAUAACGCGUCUGAGCCUCCGGCUCCUACUUCUGCCCCGGCUCCUGCUCCUGCUCCUGCUCCGGUCAGCGGUGGUGUGAAGGUCCAAUCUAGCCCUCCCUCAACAAAUACCACCAACAGCAAACCAUCUGCUGAUCCCACCCCUAGCGGGGAACAGGCUGAUCCAACAAGAAAGCAAGAGAAGAAGAAAAGGUCCGAGGCAGAGCGAAAAGAACGGAAGGAGAGAAAGCGAAGACAAGCCGUGGCUAAUGGUUCGGUUCCGUUGCAACUCGAUGCAGACAAUGACGAAGAGUAUCCCCGAGAUCCAGCACCAGCACCGGGUGCCUCUCGCCCCAAAACGCAAAGUCACCCAACAACCGAUCCAGUGCGUAUCUAUCGCCGUUGUUGCCAGCUACGUGAGACGCCUGUUCUCAAGAGAGUGGUUGACGAGAUCUCCAAACCUUCAUCAACACUGGCCGAGUCACCCGGCACAGUAGCAGCAUUGGAUUUGAGCAAUUUCCCUAUGACCUCACAGGAUUUGACAACCUUCAGCGACUGGCUCGCGGUUGUUCCAGUCCGUAAACUUAUUCUUGAAAACUGUGCCUUGACGGAUACUUUCGUACGAGCCAUUCUUUCAGCCCUACUCGCUACCAAGACGGUAGAACAGAUGCGGUAUCGACGGAGACGAUCACGAAGAUCAGAAUCUCCAGACUCCAAUGACUAUGAACGAUAUGGCGUUGUGGAAAAGCUUUCCCUGAAGGACAAUCCGAAGAUCGGAAGGGAAGGAUGGCGCCAUAUCAGCCUUUUUAUUCACCUCUCGAAAUCCUUGAACGCUAUCGAUUUGUCGGGCAUUCCUUUCCCUCAAGGCCAGGUUGCUAUCGAUGGUUCUGGGAUUGCGGGUCAACCCCAGCCUCCUAUGGCCGAUGUGAGCAUUAUCUUCGCGAGUGCCCUGGCAGAGCGCUUUUCUGGGGAUCGGCUCGAAGAAUUGCUGAUGAGCGAGUGUUAUCCUUCGGUCGACGCUGUAAAGCAAAUUUGCAGGGCGAGCACCAAGAUGGGCUUGCGAAGGCUCGGCUUCGCGAACAAUGGUCUGACUAGAGAGGGCCUAGAGCAUGUGGUUGAAUAUCUCAAAGCUGGAUAUUGUGAAGGACUGGAUUUAGGUGGCAACCCCAUCAAGGAUGAUCUCGAUCUUAUUACAGACGCGUUUGAACCUGAAACACCGCUUUAUGCACUGAGUUUAGCUGACUGCUCCCUCAAUCCGUCGGUGAUUUAUCCAUUGCUCCAAUCCCUUGCUCAGAUUCAUAACCUCCGAUUCAUCGAUUUCUCUCACAAUCGCGAGUUAUUCUCGUCGCAGCCCAACGCAUUGGGGGCUUUCCGUCGCUUCCUGCCGAAAAUGCCCUCUCUGAAGCGUUUUCAUCUCGCUGAUGUCGCUUUAUCACCGGAUCAUGUUAUUGGUCUUGCUGAGGUACUGCCGGAGUGCCCCAGUCUGUGUCAUCUGAAUAUUCUAGAGAAUCAACAAAUCGUGGAUUUGGCGUCUACCACGGACCCUCUUGCUCAGGAAGAAGCUUGUGCUGUCUAUGCAUCAAUGAUGGCAGCUGUCCGUGUGUCUAGAACCAUCAUUGCAGUCGACAUCGAUGUUCCCAGCGCAGAAAACAACGAAGUUGUCAAAGCUCUAGGAUCACAAAUUGUGGCUUACUCGCUACGGAACCUUGAAGGCGGCGCCAUGGCCGAAGAGCUCUCUGGCUCUAGUUCCCCACUUGUGGAUGUUCCUGUGCCAGAUAUUCUACAGCAUAUUGUCGGACACUCUCUGGGUUCCGAAGAGCUUUGCGACGAGGAAGACGAGCCCGCUCCGGAUGAGGAUUAUGUUAUUGGUGGCACAGGUGUUGUUAAAGCAUUGGGUGUUUGUCUCGGGAAUCUGGACCAGCAUGGUCUCGAUGUUCUUGGAGAUCAAUCUUUACCAGCUAGUGGUACCACAACGCCCCGACGCCGCAAGUCUCGAGGUGUCCCUACCAAGCGACCUCGCGACAUGUCGAAGAAUUUGCUGGAAUCCGCACGCAAUAUCAGAGUCCGGAUCCAGUCGGCUCUUAUUCGUGAGGAUCGUGCUGGUAAUGACGCGAAUUAUCGCCGCCUGCAAUUUUUAGACAUGACCUUGCAUAGGAUGAUUCAGCGCUUUGAGGAUGAAUACCCCGAAACUCGUAUCAUCCCUCAACUUCCGCCUGCUCUUCCAGUCCCUGAUACGAUCUCUCAACACUCUGGUGAUGACGAUGGAACCGGCUCGAUCGCUGCUGGGGGCAAUCUUAACAGCAGCCAGCUUGACGAGACUGGCGGCGACGAGGAAGACACCGACCAAUAUGCCGUUCGUCAUUCUCGCACCAGCUCCAUGACUUCCCUCCACUCUCGAGCCAUGACAUCCCAAGAAGGACACAUCCACCGCAUCGGCCAGAAUCUCCGCCGCGACUUCCUGAAACCGUCUCUAGCUCCUGACGACGAAGAUUUCGACUACGAUGAUGAUAACUCGCACAUCGCUGCUCUCCGGCAAAAGCUCGACCUCCUACAUGACGAGCAGUCUCUGUCUCAAUUCGAUGACUUUGAUGCCGACAUGGCCUUUAACCACCUCGGGACUACCGUCGAUGAACUGUAUGAUUCCCAGCAGCGAGACGCCGAAGGAUUCGAGCGCUUCAAGCAGUCCCAAAUCGCUGCCCAGAUCAACAGUGGUAUUCGUGCCAGGGAUAAUGCAGAACCUAGGGCAGGCUCCGAGGGAGCAGAGAGCAAGCCCCUAUCUUGA